AUGGCGCACCCAGUGGUCUGGUCGAAGAAAAUCUACUUUUAUCCAACGGGCAACACCCCAGCCACGUCGUUAACCCAGAACCUGGCUCCAGAGGAAGAUGCAAAGAUCUUGGUGCUUGGAUGCGGAGACGCGAGGAGCGUGCUCUACACGAUCCACGCUGACCAGCGCGUUGGUGACUUUAUCAGGCCGCUAGAUUUCACGUUCUGCGACCACGAAGCCGCUGUCCUCGCCCGAAACAUUAUACUGUACACCUUGCUCAUCGACGGCAACACCGACGACGCCAAACUGUGGAACAUCUACUUUCACGUCUUCAUCGACCCAUCCUCCCUCGCCCUCCUCCAAUCCCAAUCCCGCAAACUCCUCGGCCUCUCACAGUCUCUCGAAUCAUGGUCCUCCUCCCCUUAUGGCUCCAUCAUCAAAAUCUGCACCCUCGACACCCUCACAAACGUUCGAGUAUUCUGGUCAAAAUACACAAUGUCAGAUCUCACCCCCGCCCAACAAACCCAACUGAAAGACAAGUUCUCCAAAGCAAUGAAAGAUAACAGUAUGGGGAGGUUCCAACCGGGAACCCGGAACCUCAGCGCAACACGCUCCGCGGGUCCUCUAGCACCGAUGAUUCUCGAAAUGGGCGCAGAGCAUUUCAAACAUUAUUGGAAGACCGGAUUGGCUGCUGUACCCAACUCGCCUUUGGCGAUUCGCGAAGCUACGCAGGUCAACCCUUCCUUUGUCUACUCGGGAGCGGGAGAUGUGUUUAAUGUGCAUUAUGGUACCGACCCGAUUCUCUGUUUCCAUCUCGCAGCUGCACUUGCGCCUAUCGAGGGAGAUGCCAACACGCCAGUCAAGGAAGGCGAUCUUGAGGGAGUGGUAGCUGCUAUACAGGGCCAAUUCAAAGCAUGGUGCCGCUCUUUUAUGGACCGCGCCUCAAAGGGCAACCUCACCAUGCGAUUCUUCACCGGAGACGCUCUAUCCUUCUGCAAAGCCCUCCAAUACCGUUCCGAGACAGGCCACCUCUCGACUCCAGAGUACGCAAGAAUAUGGGGUGGAGCAACGAUCAACUUUACCUCCGACUACGAGGCCACCAACACCACCCGCGCACCCUUGCGGUUCAACGUCAUCGAAUCAUCCAAUCUGGCAGAUCACGUCGAGAUGCUCAACCUCCUCCUCGUCGCCUCUCCGCUUCUCAUCAGGUCCCACACAUCCGUCCUGCACACCAACACCCUCGUCUCAUCCAACGACGGUCAGUCGCCAGCCUUGAACAAGAUGGUGCUGGACCUCCCGUUGGUCUCGACGAUCAUCGGCCUCAUCCCCGAACGCCACCUCUCCGAGUCGACAUUCCAUUCCUUCGACAGCGAGAUGAUGAUGUCGUUGUUGACGGCGGACUCGACAGGUCCCAAGCAGCUGCAUGAAUCAAAUAUCUGGCGGGUUCCCUACGCACUCCAGCCUCCGACUCUCCGACAUGGACUAUCCAUCCCCGAAGCAGACCUCGCCCACAUCCUCUUCAAUGCGUACUUGAAGAUGUUCUCAGACGAGAGUCCGAACGACUUGGUGAAGAGUUUGACUGGCUUACGAGGGAAUUCUGGUGGAAGACCAACUACGAGGGUCCUCAGCCUCUUACACCAUACACGUGAAUCCUUCGCCCGACUCCUCUCCUCUAUCCAAUCCAUCUAUACAGGAGGAAACUGGGAUACAGUCCUCAACAAAUUCAUCGGUCUUGUGCAAUCAGACCGCACCCUCAUCGUCGGGAUGAACAACUUCCAGGAUCUGACGUGCUACUUUGAGCUGCUAGGCGUCGACGCCGAAGGUCGGUUCAUACCCAGCCCUUCGGAGAUUACGAGUAUCCAAGGCGACACCAGUCUAAGUUGGAACUUUGGCCGAUGGAGCGGCCCCGUCCCCAAGAUCGUCUGCGUCGUGCUUGUGGUUCCGAGGGCGAAGCUGAGGGUGGCGGAGGGUAUAGACAUCACGCCGACCCUCCACUGCGAAACUGCUGUAGGCGAGGUGGUGAAUAACAUGCAUUCGGGUUUCCAGCCUGUGUUCGGACGUAUCGAGGUUCUCAACAGCAACCACUCGCCAGACCAACGUCGGAUUGUAAUCCACGAAGACCCAAAGGGAUGGUCUGGUUCGAGCGAUCUCAUAUGCCACUUUUACGCUCCUGCGCAUAUCUUUGUGCACGGUCCACCCGAGCAGACUGAGAUUUCGCUACACAUUCGCAACUCGAUGGCGGCUGUGGGCGCGGGUGUGACGAGGCUUUUGGGGCCGUUGAUGUGUAUUUUCAAGACGACGUUGGCGGAUGGGAGGAGGGCGAUGUUGGUCAAGGAGAGACCGAGGAUUGUGGAGGAGCACCGUCGAUUUGAUGAGGUUGCUAGACUGAUUGAACUUGGAGCGGUGGUCAGAGAUGGGGAGAAGAAGGAUGCGGUAUUCAAGUUUACGGGUGGAGUGACGUCUUCGAUUGUUAUGAGGUGGAAUGUUGAGGAUGAGGGAGCGAAAGAGCUGUUGAGGGAUAGGAAGACGGAGGUGUACACGAACGUCGAGUCCAACACUGCUGUUCAUGUUGGGUUUAAUGGACACGAGGAAGGUGAUGAACGGUGGUUUGGAACGGAGCUGUACUUCCCUUUCCCUGUCAACGUCGGUUCUCUGUCUACUAGGAUUGCACGCAAGUCUUCUUACAUCGAGGUCGAAGGCCGUAUCAUCUACGAACCCAACACUGACCCGGAGCACACCCUCUUCCCCGUAAUCUACGACAAAUCCGAUGGCCUCGUCAAAUCCCUCAACAUGCACCACCUCAACCUCAGCUCCCUCCCCAAACUCCAAACGCCACUCACCCCUACACCCACCGCGCUCCGAAGUAUGCUCAACAACCACCUAGGUCUCACCCUCUCCUCCACCGAGCGGCGCAGCAGGACCCUCCCCGCCGACCAACGUACCGGGUUAUUCCAUCUCAAAGAAAGCAUCGCCAACAUCUUCAUGCGAAUGUUAUGGGACAACAAGAACCAACCCUCCGCUUUCUCGUUGACAUCAUCCGAGGACGGGCACUGGGCGUUCAUCUUUGUCGAUUCAGUCCGGCUAGACGUGGUGGGGAACACCCUCGUCGCCGACGCGUGCAUCUUCCCUCUCACGAUGGAGAUCAUGACCAAACACACCGGUCUGUUCUUUGACACGAUGCAGACAUUCCAGUCGUCCAUUCGACAACUUACUACACCGGAAUCGGAGGUGGAGUGUUGGAAGAGGGUUUUACCGAGCCUCGUCGAGCGCGCGCGGACGUGGCAGCACAAACCGUCAUGCGAGUAUAAACCCGGUCAAGGGGAGUUCGGGGGCGGAGGGCAGGUCCCGCGCUCAACGAUGUUAGGCUUCAACCCGAUUUGCUCGUGCGGGGAGGGUGUGGAUUUGGGUGGGUUUGGUGUGAACGGCGAAGAGUCGAAAAAGUGGAAGCCGUUUGGGAGGUGGGUUACGAGGAUGGCGCUGGCUUCGCCGUUUCCGGCGUCGAUGUUGGGGAGAGAGUUGGGUGAGUUUCGGGAAGCUUUGAGGAGGGGUGGGCCGGGUGAGCUCGAGCGUGUUGGAGAGAGGCCUUCUGCCUCCACUCCGGCCGUGUCGCAGAGUACUUCGGCAACGAAAACAUCGGUCAAGAAGAAUGGUCUUGCUGAUAAGUGCUCAAGUUGUGGAGGGCCUGGUAAACCAAAGUUAUCGGUGUGCUCUGGGUGUAAGAAGGCGGUGUAUUGUUCGAGGGAGUGUCAAGCGAAGGAGUGGAAGAAGCAUAAAGCUGUUUGUUCGAAGGCUUCAAAAUGAUUAGUGUUCAGAGUUGAUAUCAUAUCGCCUGCUCGUGUACUUUAUUGCCAUUCUCCUCACUUGAACGGUGUACUUGUAAAAACGCUCCGGGCUCUGAAGAGCAAUGCA